GUCGCCCCGACGCAUGGCAGCAGCCAACACCAGACUAGAACAAAUCCCCUGCGGCCAGAAAGUGAGGGAGAUGCAAUCAUCACGCGAUGGAAGGCGUCCUCCGUGAUCCGAGAAUGAUGAUGCCACCCAUCCUCUCGUCGGUCCUCAUUUCCGUCAAAGUAUAUACUUCCAUCCAGGAUGGCUCAUGGAUCAUGGAUUAUAUCAAUAAGAAGCUUGUCCGACUUGUCCGUUGGCCAUCUCAAACUGCUUCAUCGCAUUGAUCAAGGACAAUCUGCCAAUCAUGGGCAAAACACCGUCCCUCCUCCACAAAAUCAAAUCCAACAUCCCUCUCUUUAAUAAAUCCGACAUCCUCGUCUACGAAGGCAUCCCCCCCGACGUCGGCGUGCCUACUGCUGCGACGCUCGCCGAGGAUGCAGUCAUCAGUGCCCUAGACUGCCGUAUCAACUACAACUCCGCAUCCAAAGAACUCGCCCUCACAGCCUGCGAGCCAGUCCACAACCUGCACCACACCUGGAUCAAGCGCGAAAUCGGCCGAUGCUUGCUAUCUGGCUUCCUCGUCGUCAACGAAUGGAACGCCAUCGACUCCACAGCCAAGAAAAGUGAGAGCCACGUACCCAAUCCGACAGUUACUGAUCGUGCUAUCUUGCCAGGUUUCAACACCUUCGUGGCCCCGUACCAGUCUUCGUGGAGACAGCCCGAAUUCUACCUGAAGCCGCGGCACCGAGUCUUGCCAACUCUUGUCGUGGAGAGCGGCUGGGCGGAGUCCUACGCCAGCCUCGUUCGGGACAAGGACCUCUGGUUGAUCGGUGGCUGGCCGCAUGUCAACGUCGUGUUCGUCAUCCAGUGGUCCAGGUCGCCGCGGAAUCGCGUCCGAGGACGAUUGGAAGUAUACAGGAGGCAGAGCGGAUUGGUGCAAGUAGAGUCGAUCUUUCCCGAGCCUGGCCCGGGAGCUGUCCCGCAGAUGGUUCGACUAACGAGGAACGAGCUAUUCGACAAUGAGCAUCUUCCAUACCGCGAUACGCGGGAGAUAGUUUUCUCGGUGGAUCGGCUGCGCGAGGCUGCGAGAAACGCUUUCCAGGACUAUGGAUACAUUCCUGCUUAGUUGGACUGCAUUCGGGUGUAGAGGGAAUCUCUAAUUGAUGACCUACAAGUAAUAGCUUAAGC